UACCCCAACGCUCUGAGACUCUCUCUCUCUGUCUCUAUCUCUCUCCACUGCGGAUUGCUUUUGAGUUAACGGGCCUCCAUAGCCGACUUCUCUCUCGCCAUCGCCGCUCCUCACGAAGCCGUAAAUGUCGUACGACUAUCUUUUCAAGUACAUAAUCAUCGGAGACACAGGUGUGGGGAAAUCAUGUCUGUUAUUGCAAUUUACGGACAAGAGGUUCCAGCCAGUGCACGAUCUCACUAUCGGUGUCGAGUUCGGUGCCCGCAUGGUUACCAUCGACGGCCGGCCAAUUAAGCUCCAGAUUUGGGAUACUGCUGGGCAGGAGUCUUUCAGAUCCAUCACCAGAUCCUAUUACAGGGGAGCAGCUGGAGCCCUUUUGGUUUAUGACAUAACAAGGAGAGAGACAUUUAAUCACCUGGCAAGCUGGCUUGAAGAUGCUCGGCAGCAUGCAAACCCCAACAUGACAAUCAUGCUUGUUGGGAAUAAGUCUGAUCUUGCACACCGAAGGGCUGUCAGCAAAGAAGAAGGAGAACAAUUUGCUAAGGAAAAUGGACUUUUAUUCUUGGAGGCCUCUGCAAGAACUGCUCAAAAUGUCGAGGAGGCUUUUGUGAAGACUGCUGCAAAGAUACUCCAAAAGAUCCAAGAGGGCGUUUUUGACGUAUCCAAUGAGUCAUCUGGUAUCAAGGUUGGGUACGGUCGCCAGCAAGGUCCAUCGGGGGCAAGAGAUGGAGCAGUUGCACAGCGAGGUCCAUGCUGUGGCUAAUCAAUGUAAAAACAGCUCCUCUACUGUACUCCAUCGCUGUGAAUUUCUGUGUGUCUGGUCAUCAACUCACAUGAAUAUUAACUGUUGAAUGAAUGUUGCCGUCUCAGGAUGUAUAGCUCAAAUUUCAGCUCGUGACUGAUUCAAACUUUAUUUUCUUGUGACUGCUUUGACUGGUUGUUAUAUACAGGUAGGUGUAUGAUAAUGAUAUUGUCGAUUAUCCCA